UUCUCUCAUGGCGAUCUCGUCCCUGAAAAUAUCAUGGUCGACGAGGCGAGCGGCUCGAUCACCGCGAUCAUGGACUGGGAGCGAGCCGGGUGGUACCCGUAUUUUUGGGACGAGAGUCUGGCUUCGAUGCGAAUGAGUGCAUACCAGAGCUCUCGCAUCACCUCUCAGCGGUGGGAGUGUAUACAGGAUCUGGCGAUCCGGAACGAAGCCGAUGGACCAGCCGUCAACGCGUUCUGCACCGUCCAAUUCAUGGCGUUCAUGCAAGGCAUGGAACAAUACGUGGAUACCGAGUGCUACUGCUGUUAUUGAAGAAGGUCAGUCGACGACGAUAUGAAGCUGGGCAUCGGAGUGCGUACUGCGCUUGCAAGUCCGUCCUUCGCCCCUCGAGAACCACGACUGGGUUAACGCCCCUACAAAUCAAGCUCCCGGCUCCCACCAUUCGUGUUGAAAUACUCGUCGGUAUAACGUUGACAUUGUAUCAACGGCUUGCUUCGACUAUGUCCUCCAACCCCACCUUCAAUAUCUUUAUGAUCUUGUCAUGGUCCAAAUCUCGCGCGGAGUCGCUUGACACGAUCCCGCCGGCCUUAGCGUCGGCGCGUACUAGCACUAUGCCGGUUUGCUGCUGAAGAAUCGCCCUUGCCUCGGGGGUCAUCACGCCGUCCUUUCUCGGUAGCAACGGCUGGUAAGUCUUCAAUAGAUACCACACGGUCACGAGGAGCGACGCCAGUCCACUGUCUUUUGAAUAGACGUAGUUGGCCAGGUUCUCGAUGCCCGCGUCUGCCAGUUCUUCCCCUCGAGUACCGUCUGCUUCUGAUCUCUUUCGAAACGCCUUGCCGCGUGCUUUGACGAGGUUGGCGGCGCUGGUGGCGGAGAAGAGCCUGUCGCGCU